AGUUUGUGAGUGAGAAUUAAAGGAAGAAAGAUGUUGAAGCAGGUGUUUGGGAAGGUGUGGAACAAAGGGGUUUAUGGCUGUGGAGGAAGCAGAAUUAGGCCUUGCUUCUAUGUGCCCACUAGUGGUUUCCACAAUGCACAGGUUCAUCGUGCACCGAGAAGUUUUUUUGGGGUAGAGGAUUUCGUUGACGAUAACAAUAGUCGGCCAUACACUUAUCAGAAGGAAAAGAAGUCCAAAAAUCCACAGAAGCAUGUAUCAUUUAAGCAGCGGACCAUAGCAUACUUAGAGCCAUUUACACUUGAUGUGUUCAUCUCAAAACGGUUUGUGUCAGCCUCGAUCACCCACAGGGUAACAUGCAAGCAGGUUGCAGUUGCCGGUACCAACUCCAAAGACAUAAAAGCUGCACUCAAGUCUCGAUGUGAUAUACCUGCCUGUAUAGCCAUCGGCCAAAUUUUAGCCGAUAGGGCUAGAGAAGCGGAUGUCUAUACCGCUUCAUAUACUCCAAGGGACAGAGACAAGUUUGAAGGGAAGAUUAGAGCAGUUGUUCAAUCCCUCAUUGAUAGUGGGAUUGAUGUUAAAAUUUAUCUCGACUGAGUUAGUUUUCUUCUUUGCUUUGGAUUAGGUUUCUUUGGACCCUUUGGGUGGUUUUGUAUGUAACUCUUUUGUGAGCUUAAAAGGCAUCACUGCCAAUAUUUCCAAUCAACUAAAGAUACGUGACUGCUUUUUCUGCU